AUGAACAACGAUAUUGAUAUAGAUUUAAUUAAAUCUUAUGAAAUUUUAAUGUCAUUCUAUGGAUUCAGUUUUGAUAAAUAUAAUUUAUAUCGCCGGACAACAUGGAUAAUGAUCCUGUUAUUGAUUUUAAGUUGGUCAGAUAUUAUUUGGGGCACAUGGGUAGUGAUCAAAGGCCUACAAACAGAUGAUAAACAGCCAUGUUAUUUUCUUGAAAUUGGUUGCUUAAUUCUUUCACCAAAACUUCGACGUCAUGGCAAUUUUUUAAUGACUGCUUAUCGUUGUAUUUCAUUUCAAUUAUAUAAUAUAUUCUAUUUUUUCGACAAUUAUGAUUGGUUCUGUCAAACAAAUACUCAUUUUGAAAUUUUGAUGCAAAAUAUUCCCGAUAAAUUUCGUCGAUUCACUUCGAACAAGAAACUCAUUUGUUUUGGACAAUGUAUGACCAAUACCAUUACUAUUAUCUAUAAUAUAGUAUUGUUUGGUAUGUGCUAUUUUGCUAACGGUUUACGAUCAUGGCAAGAAAUUCUAUUAAAUCAUUUAAUCAUCACUUGUACUACAUAUUUUUGUGGAUUUUUUGUCAUUCAAAAUUAUCUUCUCAAUAAUAUUUGUGCAUGUGCAUUGCGUACCUAUAAUGAAUGGAUUAAAUAUGAAUCAAAAUCAAUGACCGAAUUGCAUACGAUGAAACAAUUUGCCGUGCUCGUAUUGAUGAUUCAAAAUGCUAAAGUUUAUCUUAAAUCAUUCUAUCUGGUAAUGAUUUCAUGUCUAUUCGGCGUAACAUUGGAAUUUUUCUAUAUGACUUUUUAUGCCGAUAAUAUUGAUAAAUUGUUAAAUUAUUUUGCCGCAUUCACAUUGAUUACAUUCACUUCAUAUAUUAUUUAUUUUUCACUCAUUCCUAAUCGGAUCGAAAUCGAAGCAAAACGUUGCUCAAAAUUGAUCUAUAAACAAUUUGCCAUCGAUAUUAUAAAAUAUCGUGAUUAUGGUUCCAACAUACAGGAAGAAUUUGACAUUGGAAUGUCGUUUCAAAAUGUUAAUGAGAUUAUCAGAAUGGGAAAUUCUUUUUGCAAACCAUUGGGAUUAGAAAUAAUGGGUAGUCCUGUAAAUGCUACAACCAUUAUUACGUUUACAACAAUAUUUUUCACCAUUUCAACACUUAUACUUCGUAAAUAUAAUUGA